AUGUUUACUACUACUACUACUACUACUACUACUACUACUACUACUACUACUACUACUACUACUACUACUACUACUACUACUACUACUACUACUACUACUACUACUACUACUACUACUACUACUACUACUACUACUACUACUACUACUACUACUACUACUACUACUACUACUACUACUACUACUACUACUACUACUACUACUACUACUACUACUACUACUACUACUACUACUACUACUACUACUACUACUACUACUACUACUACUACUACUACUACUACUACUACUACUACUACUACUACUACUACUACUACUACUACUACUACUACUACUACUACUACUACUACUACUACUACUACUACUACUACUACUACUACUACUACUACUACUACUACUACUCAGUAA